CUACGUAGUGCACCCGUCACACUGUUGUUGCCUCGCGCCAUCCUCUCGCCGGCAAAGACGGCGAUGACCUCUUAGGGUUGUUGCUUUUGCUUGGGAAGACACACUGUUUCUUGUCACUUUCUCCACCGAACCGUCUCCAGCAGCACAUGGAGCCAUGGCCGGAGGCACUGGCCAGAAGCUCACGUACGCCACCACGGUUGUGGCUGGUGUCGCGUCGCUGUCUGCAGCCCUCUUCUCCAUAGUGUCAAUAUGGCUUCAAACCAAGAACUACAGGAAACCGCUCCUGCAGCGAUAUGUGGUUCGCAUCUUGCUCAUGGUGCCCAUCUACUCCGUCUCGUCGUGGGUUAGCCUCGUGUCCUUCUCCGCAGCCCAGUGGCUCGACCCCAUCCGCGACGUUUACGAGGCCUUCACCAUCUACACCUUCUUCCAGCUGCUCAUCAACUAUCUCGGCGGCGAGCGCAACCUGAUCAUAACCACCCAUGGCCGCGCCCCAGUCGCCCACCUGUGGCCCUUGGACCACGUCCUCUCGCCCGUCGACAUCUCCGAUCCUUAUACCUUCCUGGCCAUCAAGCGCGGCAUUCUGCAGUACGCCUGGCUAAAGCCCGUCCUGGGCAUCUCCGCCAUAAUCAUGAAGGCCACGGGCACAUACAAGGAGGGCUACAUUGAUAUAAGCUCGGGCUACCUGUGGAGUGGCAUCAUCUACAACAUCAGCGUCACGCUUAGUCUAUACUCGCUUGGUCUGUUCUGGGUGUGCAUGCACGACGACCUGAAGCCGUUCAGGCCCAUGCCCAAGUUCCUAUGCAUCAAGCUCAUCAUCUUUGCAUCUUACUGGCAAGGUUUCGCCCUGUCCAUCUUGGUCUGGUUGGGCGCCAUCCCCGACAACGUCGAAGGCUAUACCCAGGACAACCUGGCGGCCGCCAUCCAGGACGCCCUGAUCUGUAUCGAGAUGCCCAUCUUUGCCGUUUCGCACUGGUACGCCUUCUCAUGGCACGAUUAUGCCGACAACAGGCUGUCUGCCGCGCGACUUCCGGUCUGGUACGCAGUACGAGAUGCUUUUGGCCCUCGUGACCUGAUCGAGGACACGAAGGAGACCUUUAGUGGAGACAAGUACAAGUACCGCCAGUUCGACUCCAACGACAAGAUCCUGGCCCACGAGGCCUCCAAGUCACGCCUGGCGAGGUUGAAGGCCGGCAUGCGCUACGAGAGAGGAGGCAGGGGGAAGUACUGGCUGCCCAACCCUAAUGAGAUCAACGAGCAUACAUCUCUGCUUCAGGGUGGCGAGUCGAGCCGCGAGAGAUCGCAGUCGCGCACGAAUGGGACGGUGGAUUUUGAGGAGCCAGGCCUCGACCCAGGCGAGGAAGACCUGUACAAGAAGGCCAAGAAGAUGGAGUUUGGAGACUGGAAUUAUCCAGUCAUCACAGCCAACAAGCCCUCGCGGGAUCUCUGGACAACCCCACAGCCAAGUUUCGCCCGGAUACCCCACAUCGAACCGCGCUCAUCCUCGUCAUCACCCUCCACCUCCCGCCCGUCCCAGGGCUCAAGACCGCCCAGCGCAGACCUGAUCAAGUCCAAGACCACAAAGGGCAAGAAGAAGGGCAAGCGCAAGGAGUCCAUCCCCACGGGCGGCAUCAUCCACGACCCGGACCACCACCAGCACCGGGACAGGGUCACCCAGGAGCCGCUCCCGCACGAGAGCGAGACGGCGCCGUCGGGCUUCGGCACCGCCAACGAGGACUACACCACCGUCACCGAGGAGUACCUCGAGGCCGCCGAGCGCAUCGGCUACGACGGCAAGGUCAAGAACGUCGAGAACGAGGGCCCGCUCGCCGAGGGGUCGCGCGCGUGGGAGGAGGCGCGCGAGGAGGAGGAGGCGUCGCCCGCCGGCACGCCUAGCUUCGCGCCCAUCGACGGCGCGGACGACGAGGUCAACCGGAACCCCUGGGAUAAGGCCCAGGAUGAGUUUUUCUCAUAGGACCGACUGACCUGGCUGGCCCCCGGCCGGUACAGGCGCAAGUGACCCGGGGUGGACGGGCGAGCGAGCGAGCGGUGCAAGCAGGAAUAAGAUUUGUCUUGUGUAUGGCUUUUGAUACCCUUGACUUUUUUUGUCUUCCUUUUCUUUAUCAUAAACGAAGGUUUUGGCUGGUUUUCUUUAACAAAAAACCUGUUGGCUUGAUUUUUGUGGCUUGGUCCAGCGAGCGAUUCACUAUACAUAAACAAACGGGGCUUGCGUGCGGCUUUGGCUUUAGCUUUCCUCGGGUCCGGCAUUGAGACACACACACACAGACACACGUGUGGCAUGGCGAGGCGUCUAGACGUACCAUGGAGGGGAAUAUAUUUCGGCCUGGACUUUUUUUCA